GGUUGCUGGCUCUGCAAUUGGGGGUGGAUGAUGCACAGCCUGGGAGGAGGCCUAUAAGGAGCCGGCCGGGGACGAGAGGCUGGUUGGUGGAGAGUGUCAGGGCCCCCCAGAGAGGGGCAGACUCAAGGAGCAAGCAGCCUGGGAUGGAGGCAGCCCAGGGUGAUGCUCAACCACCUGCCUGUCCCUGCUCUGAGGCCGGACCCCAUAAGCCUAGCCAGGCUGGGUAAAGGAGACAGGGAUGUGUAGCCAGGCUUCUUAGAUUUGGACCAUCUUGUGGAUGGAUCCCAGCCAGACGCUUUGCGCUCUCACUGUAGUGACGUCAAGGCUUUGAGGGAGAACUAGGCCUCACUCGGCUUUGAGGGAGGACUAGGCCUCACUCGGCGCAGCUUUCCUUUCUUCAUCAGGAAAAAAGCUGGGCAAAUUCAAAACGGAAAGAGCAGCCCGGAGGAGUGGGUGGGAAGAAGACACUCAUCCACCUGCUGGAGCGGAGGAAGCUUUGGGCUGUCAGUUUGGGGUCUGUCCCAGUAGUGCCCUGAGGAGGCAGCCGCGGGCAGAGAGCUGGCUGGGCCAACGGGAAGGCCGCAGCCUGUUUGUAGUCAGGGCCAGGGCUGCCAAACGCCUCAGGGGCCUCACUCCCUUGACUGAUGGCUUGGAAUCUGCCUUGCCAAGUUAAUGAAAACUCUCUCCUGCAAUCGUCUUACGAAAAGACCAUUGUCCUUCUUGCAUCCCUUUCCCCUUUUAAUCUGACAAUACAUCCUUGCUGCUAAGUGUGCUUCUGAGCCCGCUUGAGUGAGCUAGCUGGAGCUUCGGGAGUGAAUAAGAAUCUAAAGACAACCACAGGGCUCUGUGGUCGCCAGGAGUCGACACCGACUUGACGGCACGCUUUAUAGACGCCUGCCCAAUGCUGGAUCACAGACUGAAAGUAGAACUUUCAGUAUGGUACAAAAGUCAAGAAUUCUACACUUCCAGGACUGCAUCCACACUGCUGCGUAUGCUCUUAAAGAGCAAUCUGGAAACAAUAUUGGAGCAAACUGUCAAGCUGUUGCGAAUCCUGGUCACCACACCAAUGACAACUGCAGAGGCAGAGCAGACAUUCUUGGCACUGAAGAGACUCAAGACUUCCCUGCACAACACCAUGAUGGAAGAAAGACUGAAUGCUUUGGCAAUGCUGUCUAUUGAGAAAUGGAUGACAGCAUAAAUCCUGGACUUCAACUAUCGGACCAUUGAACUGUUCGCCAGAUGAAAAGACCAUUGUGCCAACUUCCUCUACAAGACAUAAGAGGCAGCAGAAUUGCAAGCAACUCAUGGGGCAGCAGCAGGAGGGAGUCUUCAGAAGCCAAGAUUCCAGUCCAGAUGCUGCAGCCACUUUGGAGCCACACAGAACAAUGCUUCUCCUGGGCCCAGAGAAACUGGGAAUCUUCAGCAGCCAGAGAAAGUAGGAGUCCAUUGGAGUUUGGGGAGUGCUGUCAUACAUAGCCUUGCCCCACUUAACUUUCUAUUCCCCCCCCCCCCAGGCAAUAAGGAGGAUUUAAUGGAGGACUGGGGUGGCUAUUGAGGGGAGGCGGAGGCCACGCUCUUCUAAUCUCUGGAACAAGAGCAGAACUUCAGGAACCACGUGAGGAUGAAGCCCCAUCUGGAAUCUAGAGCCAGCUGUUCCAAGAUGUCCACACCCACCCAGGACUUCUGGAACUGUGUCCCUGAAGAAAUUCUGGCCCACGUAUUUUCCUACCUGCCUUUUGAAGACAGACAUACAGCCUUCCAAGUGUGCCAACGCUGGGCUGUGUCAGUUUCCACCCGUCCUGUUUGGAGUUUUACCGAAAUCAAUUGCAACACCGAUGAUCAUAUGAAUAAGAGUUGCGUAGUCCAGAGGCUACCCCAGUUCCUGUGCCAUAUCACACACCUGAAGAUUGUGUUUGAUCAACUCUGGGAAGUAAACCGGAGGCAUGCUGCUCAGACUUUAGACAUGCUGGCUUGGCAGAGACACAGAGUACGGGCGCUGACUAUUGUGUGCUGUGGAAGGAGUCCUGAUUUCUAUUCUUGCCAGGAAAUCCUGUAUAGCUUCAGAAGACUCUGUCUGACUAAGGGCAAGACUGAUUUUCAUUACAUUGAUUUCCGACAAAUACCUUUUACUCUGGAUAGCAGGCUGAUCCGGCUGAUUGCAUCCAGCAACCCAAACCUGCACACCUUGUUAGUCAACAAUCACCCCUCUGGAAUAAAGAUCCUCCGGCCAGAGACCAUCGUUGAGGUUCUGAGGGUUUGUCCUAAACUAUCCGCAUUGGGAAUCUAUCAUGCCUCCCUCUCUGAAGAUGUGUUCCAAGAAUUGUUGAAGCCAAGCCGAGGACCCUUCUUGUUCUUGGACAUCUUCUGUGAAGGCCUGGACCGCUACAUCCCUGAAGAGCUUUGGUCUGCUCUGAUUGAGAAACACCCACAGCUCCGUGUCGGGUUGGAGUUUGGCCCCAUGGUCCCUCGGUGGAAAAUGUCUUCAAUUUUGAUGCCCAAUAUUCCCAUCGUUGCUUUGCAAUUUAACACCUUUACGUACAUGAUGAGAGAGAUUCAGUAUGUUGCUGACAGCUACAGCAGGACUCUGGAGAGGCUGGUCCUUCGCACCAUCCCAUCCGAUGACCUCAACGUCUCCCUCAUAGAGCUGGCAAGCAAAUGUGUGCGUUUGAAAGAGAUUCACUGUUCCUUUGCAGUUAGGCAAGGAGUGAUCGAUGCUUUCCUCCUGUGUUGCAGGGGUCUGACCAGAUACACUCUAUCAAUGUGAUAAUUGCUGCUAGCCGUGCACAAACAGUACAGAGGUGAAGCAGUCCUACUUGUCAGAUUUCUGCUGUUUUUGUGGACACACACAAAACGUAACUGGGGCAGAAGGUUGAGAAGUGUUGAGACUCAAAAAUUACAAUAUGACAUGGAGCCAAAGACUCUUACCUGAGAUUUAUAGGACAGUGCUUGGGUCUUUUUGCUCUGGUGGUUCUACUCUUUUAUGAAGCUAUGAAUUUUAUUAUUUUUAAAGUUUUGAACUGUAGCUUGCAAUAAAGGUUUGCAUUAAACA